UAAACGUUAGUUGUAGUGACGCCAUCCCACCGGCAGGUGGCAGCAGAGGCGGGAAUUCAAGCGGAAGUGGCUCCUGUCAGGAGGAACCUCCGUAGUAUGUUUUACAUCCCGAGCGAGUAGUUCACCAUGAAUCCACUGACGAAGGUGAAGCUCAUCAAUGAGCUGAACGCUCGUGAGGCUGACCUCGGGGUGAAUGAGUCUGUUUCCUGGCACACCGAGUACAAAGACAGCGCCUGGAUAUUCAUCGGAGGAUUUCCAUACGAGCUGACUGAAGGCGACAUUAUCUGCGUCUUCUCUCAGUAUGGAGAGGUCGUUAACAUCAACCUGGUGCGAGACAAAAAGACGGGGAAGUCCAAAGGUUUCUGCUUCAUCUGCUACGAGGACCAGAGGAGCACUAUCCUGGCUGUGGACAACUUCAACGGCAUCAAGAUCAAAGGUCGGACCAUUCGCGUGGAUCACGUCAAAGACUACCGACCUCCCAAAGACACGGAGGAUAUCGACGACAUCACCAAACACCUGAGGGAUGAGGGCUGCGCUCCCAAAGCCCACGAGUCAUCCUCCUCCUCAGAGGAAGACGAGCAGUACACCAUCCCUGUGAAGAAGGCCAAAAAAGACAAGAAAGAGAAGAAGAAAAAGAAGAAAGAGAAGAAGGAGAAGAAGAGGAAGGCCGAGAAAGAGAAAGACAAAGAAAGGGGGGGCCGGGUGCCACACUCCUCCUCCUCUUCACCUCCUCUUCCUCCUCCUGCCAUCAGAGUCAAAGAGGAGAAGGAGGAUGCCGCCUACAACAAGUACAACCAGAGGGAGGCGCCACCAGGAGGACAUCAAAAUGGACAGAAAGCGAGGGAGAAUGAGAGACUCCGGGGGGAGGAAGAGGAGGAGAGAAGGAGGAGAGAGACAGACAGGGAGAGAGGAGAGGAAGACAGGAGGAGACACCAUGAGAGGGAGGGAGACAGAAACAGAGACAGAGAUGGAGACAGGAGGAGAGAGGCAGACAGAGAGGGAGACAGGAGGAGAGAGGCAGACAGAGAGGGAGACAGGAGGAGAGAGACAGAGAGAGAGACAGACAGAGACGACAGAAGAAGAGAGAUGGACAGGGAGAGAGGAGAGGAAGACAGGAGGAGACACCAUGAGAGAGAGGGAGACAGAAACAGAGAGAGAGAUGGCGACAGGAGGAGAGAGACAGACAGAAAUGGUGACAGAAGAAGAGAAACUGACCGCGACAGAGAUAACGAUAGAAGGAGAGAGACGAGCAGAGACAGAGACCGUCCCUUUAAACGCUGAGACCACCUGAUACCAUGACAUCAUGUUUGUGUUAACGAGGUUGACAUCACCCUCUGCUGGCUGCAUCAUUCAUUAGACAACACACUUUUUUUUAUUGUUAGUGGUCAUGAUUUAAUUCAGUUCGGCUGCAAAACGUUUACGUAAUCUUUACAUGAAUUGAGCAGGAAAGUUUUUCUGUUUGAAUCCCCCCGACCUGAAAUGUUAAAUAUUCGUAUUGUUUAAAUGAGUUUUGUAAUAAAACAAAGAAAUGG